UAUAGAUAAAGCAUGUAAGUAAAGGUGUACUUUUGGAAAAGAAACAAAGAUCGAACAUUUCAAUUUCACAUAAAGUUUUAAAUCAAUUUUUUCUAUGAUCCUCGUUCCCGGUAAAAUAUAAUUCCUAACCGGUUCCUAGCAAUACUGAAUUGUUCACGAACUGAUUCGUAAUUAUGACCCACGAACAUACCAAACGAACGCAGCAUCCACAUUGUUUGAUACAUUUUUGAAAACAAAAUAUUAAAUAGUUUAACCAAGUUAAAAUAAUGAAUAAUGAAUAUUUGCAGUGCAAAUUAUGUUCUGCAAAAUCAGCUUUGAUAUCCCUUUUUAAAGGCAAAAAUAAACGAAUUAGAAAUUAUAUUAGGAAAAUUAUAGAAAUAACUACUAGUAUUAAGUAUGAAGAAAAUGAUUAUUUUCAAUGUGUUUGUUACAAUUGUAUUGGAUUUACUUUCAAUAUGUACAUAUUUCGUACAAAAUCCUUAGAAAAUGUGAAAAAAUUACAGACGAAAUCCUUACCGAAAAAUAUUAAAAAAAACGGUAUAAAACAACUAAAAGACAUAGAAUUAAUAGAUUUGAAUCAAUUGCGAGAAAUUUUUAUGAAUUGGAUGCAAAAUAAAAGAGAAUGCUAUUCGAGUGAUACAACAUCUAGUAGAGACACCGAUAGCCAUUGUGCUACAACUGAUACAAAUAUAGGAGUUCAAACUGAUCCCCCAAUUCAAAAUUCCGUGUCUUGUCAAACUUUUUAUAAAAAUCAAGUUUCUACAGUCGAUACACAAACUGAAAAUGAUUAUUUCCAAUGUAUGGACAACGAAACAACAGUGUCAGUUGGUUAUUUACAACUUGCAGCUACUAAUGGACAUAAUAUCAUUGAAAAUGACCAAAUAACUAGUAUUAAAUCCUCACCGUCUUCUUACGAAUUUAGUCCUAGUUCUCCUCAAUUAUCUGACGUUAGUAUCAGCUUGGAAACUACCCCUCCUCCAUCGGCGCCCUAUUCUUUAGGACUAGUAGAGAUGACGGAGAAAGCUAUGAUGCUGUACAGUUGCGAGGAAUGUGAUUUAGUUAUGUACUCGAAAGAAGAAGUUAAAAAACAUAAAAGGAACCAUACCCAGUGCAUUUUUUGCCGAAGAAGAUUCAGAACCAUCCAACGAACUAAGAAACAUUUUGAGAAAUGUAAAGAAACAUCUUACAUACCCCUGGAAAGAUUGAAAGUUCCUGUUGGAAAAAAACAAUUAAAUUCACCACAGAAGAAGAAGCGUAAAACUGAGCCUUUGGUAGAGAAAAAGAAGAGUCACAAGAAAAAAAAAUAAAUGACGAAGCAUUUUUCCAUUAUCUUUUUUUUAUUUGUUAUUCAUUUCUAUUUUAGAUUCCUAUUCUUUGAUUAGUCCCCUUGUUUUUUAUGGUGAAAAAUUUUCAAUGUAUUUAAUUUUAAAUUGAGUAGUUCAAAUAAAUUGUUU